AUGGUAGACCAAUGGACACCAUUGCAAAAGGAGAUCAUCUCAGGCUUGACCGCGGGGUCCAUAACCACCCUGGUAGUGCAUCCAUUAGAUUUACUUAAGGUUCGUUUGCAGUUAUCUGCCACGAAUGCGCAAAAGGCCCAUUAUGGUCCACCCACGGUGAUCAAGGAGAUCGUACGUUCAUCGGCCAAUAAUAGAUAUCGUACACUAAAGGUGAUCAAUGAACUAUACCGUGGACUAACCAUAAAUCUGUUCGGGAAUGCCAUUGCAUGGGGGGUUUAUUUCGGAUUAUAUGGCAUCAGCAAAGAACUAAUAUACAAGUCAGUGGCAGGGCCUGAGCAAAUCCAGCAUAAAGGCGCUAACAAUGACCACAAGAUGAAUUCGCUUAUCUACUUGUCUGCUGGCGCUGCCAGUGGACUGUUGACGGCUAUCUUGACGAACCCUAUCUGGGUCAUAAAGACAAGAAUCAUGUCCACCAGCAAAACUGCGCGGGGCUCUUACACUUCCAUAUACAAUGGUGUCCAGCGAUUGCUACGAACCGAGGGCCUACAAGGACUGUGGAAGGGUAUUGUUCCUGCACUAUUUGGUGUUUCGCAAGGCGCUUUAUAUUUUGCAGUUUAUGAUACUUUGAAGCAAAGAAAAUUGCGACAAAAGGGCGGCGUUGGCGAGAAGAACCAUUUAACAAACUUUCAAACCAUUGAAAUCACCUCCUUUGGCAAAAUGAUAUCUGUCACUUUGGUCUACCCUUUCCAAUUACUAAAAUCAAAUUUGCAGAGUUUUAGGGCGAAUGAACAAAACUUCAAGUUCAUUCCUCUAAUAAAACUGAUCGUUUCCAAUGACGGCUUCCUGGGACUUUAUAAAGGUCUGUCUGCAAACCUAGUACGAGCCAUUCCAUCCACCUGCAUUACGUUUUGCGUGUAUGAAAAUCUUAAACAUAGGCUCUAG